GAUGCUUUAUUCAAGAGUCCAAGAUUUUCAAAGAUGCACGCUGAUAAAAUAAGAGCAGUAAGGGAAGGUGAGUCUAUGAUAGUCGCCGUGAUGGAUUACAAUUUAUAUCUCACGAGGGUCGUUCUCGUGGACAAUGAAGAUCCAAUCAUAGAGUGGGAAGGUAAGCUUAACCAACAAACUAGGAUAUCUAAAGUUUUUCACUGUGACGGUUUAUUGUUAUGCGUCUUGAAAGAUGAUCAUACCAAAGUUGUCGUUUGGAAUCCUUAUUGGGGACAAACAAGGUUGAUAGAAUCUAGAUAUUCAUGGGGACAUAAGAGGUUGUGUCUCGCUCUCGGAUACGAGGACAAGGGAUCGUCUCGUAGCUACAAAUUCUUGAGGUUUAUAGAUGUGUGGUCAUGUUAUGAGAUUUACGAUUUCGACUCCAGUUCAUGGAAGGAUCUUGACAUCACUCCCAGUGUGGCGUGACUCUCAAGGGAAACACUUACUAGCCUGCUACAAAAGGAAGAAACCCUGUCGACGAGUUUGACGAUCAUAUAAUCUGUUUCGAUUUUACAAGUGAGAGCUUUGAUCCCCUUCUGCGUCUCCCUUUUGACGUUGGGCGUGAUGACGAUGUGACUUUAUCAUGUGUUAGAGAAGAGAAGCUUGCGGUUUUAAUUACUCACAACGAAGUAGGUCCAAUGGAGUUUGAGAUAUGGAUUACUGCUAAGAUUGAGGCCGGAGAGGUGUUGUGGAGUAAGUUAUUGAGCGUGGUGGAUACCGUUCCUUACCCUCUGAUUACAAGUAAAAGUUUCUUUAUUGACGAGGAGAAGAAAGUCGCAAUGGGUUACUCCAAAACAUUUAACAUCGUUGGAAAGGCUGAAUACUUUAAAAAGCUGGAACUUGCAGGCAGAGACAGAAACGGUAAGGUAAAAGUGUGCUCUUAUGCUCCAAGCUUAGUGCAUAUCAAGCAACCUGGUGCAGGAGGAAGUCAACAAAGCGACUUAGAAAAACAACGAUUUGAUCAAAUUAUGUCUGAGUCUUGCCGCUAUUGAAAAGCGUAAGCAGCGUCUAAUAUCCUGCAAAAACGAGGAGAAAAACCAAGAUGAAUAGUCUUUCAUAUAUGUCUUUCAGUUACUCUUAGCUCUUCUGAUGUAGCUCCAAGCUUAGUGCAAAUCAAGCAAAAUGAGGCAAAAGGAAACAACAAAACGUCUUGAAAACGCAAGGAUGUGACUAGUCUCAGUUGACAAAGCUUAGUUUAUGUAUUUGCAUUUAAUUACUCUUCUUAAUUUUUGUCUUUUCUUAAGCUGACCUUGUUUUCGUGUUGAUAAACCUUCUUUUACAACUCUUAAGUCAUUACAGCUACAACUCAACCAAAUAAAAAGGCGAAUGAUUCAGGUGGACACAGGAUGUAUAGAAAAAAAAACAUAACUAACAAUGAAAAUCUAUUUUAAAAUGGUCCCAUUCGGAUGUUACAAAAAAUCGGGUUGGAUUAAAGUCGGAUCCGGGUGGGUUUGGGUGGGUUCGGGUUUUAACCCUAAUAACCAAACUACUCGAUUUGAUUUAGUUAUUUUAUAUCCAAACUACUCAAACCUACCUAUAAUAAUUUUAAAACUCAAAAAUACUUAAUUUAUAUAGUGCAAAUUGGCUUUUUUUCUUCUGAAAGUAACUAUGGAUAUAAUGUUAUUAGAGUAUUUUUAUCUAAAAUAUGUGUUUUUUAUCUAUAAAUAUUAAAUACCAAAAAUAACUAAUAUAUUUGAUUUAUAAUUUUAAUUUUAGGUACUGAUACUAUUAUAAAUAGAAUUUAAAUGUUCGGAUACUCAUUCGGAAGAGGCAAAAUAUACAUUUAUGGAGACUAUAUUUGUGGCAAAACAGUUUUAGGAACCUGAUGAUCUAAUAAAUUUAAACAAAUUUAUUCAAUUAUCUAUCAACAAAAUUUUGAUUUACUUACUAUUAAUUUAUUUAUUUUUAUUUGAUAAUGUACACUUACAAUUAAUUUUAACGAUAUACAUAAUAUAUACAAAAUAUGAUAUAGAAGUUAGAUGUAAAAAAAUACUUGAACUUAAAUUAAGUUUAUUUUUAUUAAACUGAUAUAUAUAUAUAUAUAUAUAUAUAUAUACUAAUGGUGAUAUAUGAGUUAUUAGUUAUUAAUAUAUUUCAAAAAUAAAUUGCUAAAAAUAAAUAUUUAUAUAGAAAGUUAUGAUAUAAGUUAUUAGUUAUUAACUUAUUUAGAAAUCAUUGUCAAAAAAUAAAAAACUUUAUAAAAGAAAUAUACAUGUCACAAUGACAUAUCAUAUUUAUUUAGAAAUUAUGCCAUUUUUUCUUGUUAAGAAUGAAUGUGGUAAUGACACAUUUACAAAUUAUUUUGUAAAUAGUGUUUAUGGGAAUAGGAUUGACUGGAUUGUGGAUAUGGUUUAAUUUUCAGAUUGUUUUUGUGAUAUUUUUCUUCAGUUUUCAUUGUAUAUAAGAACUUAAAAUAAAAACUUUUAGUGGGAAAGUUGAUAAAUGUAUAAACGUGUUUUUCUUUUGAAGCCCAUAUAGUUGGAUAGUAAUUCGGCGGCCGAACUACGCAAGCUAAACUAUAAAAGUGUCUCGUUUCUUAUUUAAAAAAAAAAAACUAGAUUCACUCGUCUUGAAAGGCACAGUGUGCGCCAUCGCCGCUCCCGUCAACAACGCCGACAUGAUCUUCACUUCGUCUCAGGACAAGUCAGUCCAGAUUGAAACAGUGACGAAGAUCUCUGACCUUCCGGAAAAUUUGGUUGAGGAGAUUCUGUCUAAGGUUCCGUUGAAAUCAAUGAGAGCAGUGCGUUUAACCUGCAAACAUUGGGAAGCUUUAUCCAAGAGUCGAAGCUUUUCAAAGAUGCAUAUUGAUAAAAUAAGAUCAGGUGAGUCUCUGAUGAUCGCAAAGAUGGGUAUGGGUUGCAAUCUUUAUCUCGUGAGAAUCGUUCUCGGCGGCGUCAAUGAAGAUCCAUUUAUAGAGUGCCAAGAUAGGCUUACUUGCAAAGACAAACAAACUAAAAUAUCUCAAGUUUUCCACUGCGAUGGUUUAUUGUUAUGCGUCUUGAGAAUGAGAGAUGAUGUUACCAAAUAUAUUGUUUGGAAUCCAUAUUUGGGUCAAACUAGUUCCAUAGAGUCUCCAUACUCUCACCGCCCAGCCGGAUGGAACUGGUUCACAUACGCUCUCGGAUACGAGGACAAAGGCUCAACUUGUCGUGGCUACAAAUUAUUGAGGUUUAGAGACAAGUUUUUUGAUACACCUAUGCACCAGUAUUCAUGUUAUGAGAUUUACGAUUUCGACUCCAGCACAUGGAAGAGACUUGACAUCACUCCAAACUCGUCGCGUAGACUACCUUAUUGGGGUGGUGUGUCUCUCAAAGGAAACACAUACUGGCUUGCUUCACAAAGAAACACAGGACAAGACUUGCUUGACGAUCACAUAAUCUGUUUCGAUUUUACAAGUGAGAGUUUUGGUCCUCUUCUGCCUCUCCCGUUCUACGCUGGAGCUAACGAUGAUGUGACUAUAGCAUGUGUUAGAGAAGACAAGCUUGCUCUUUCACUUUCUCGCAUCAACGAAGCUGGUGAAUUGGAGUUUGAGAUAUGGAUUAGUACAAAGAUUGAGGCCGAAAAGGUGUCGUGGACCAAGUUCUUGACAGUGGAAACGGAAAUGGAACUUCACCCUCUGUUUAAUUCUGGUAGUUUCUUUAUUGACGAGGAGAAGAAAGUAGCCAUGAGUUACUCCAAAACGUUUAACAUUGUCGGAGAGGAUGGAUACUUAAAAAAGCUGAAAUUCAGAGAACGUUUAGGCAUAGACAGAAACUGUAGCGUAAUGUUGUCGUCUUAUGUUCCAAGCCUAGUGCAUAUCAAGCAACCUGCUGUUGGAGACAAAAGGAAACAACACAAGGAUUUUGAAGCGCAAGGAUAUGAUAAAAAAAAAGGUUAACAAAGCUUAGUCUAUGUACGUGCAUUGUCUUGUCUUAAGAUGUACCUUGUUUUGGUGUUGUUAAACCUUCUUUUACAACUCUUUUAAAUCUUUUAUUAAAGCUA